UUUUCAUUCGUGAAUCGUGGUCCAUGUGAUUUGAUUGAUGCAGUUUUAUGGAAAAUUGAUCGAAAAACUUGUAAUUUAUUAGUAAAACUUUUAUUCCCAGCACUAUGUCUGGGAAAAAAUGCAAGCAUUGUGGAUCUUCCGAGAUAGAAGUAGAUCCGGCCCGAGGAGAUGCAGUGUGUACAAGCUGCGGCACGGUGCUGGAAGACAACAUUAUUGUCGCCGAAGUUGAGUUCCAAGAAUCUGCUCAUGGUGGUGCAUCUGCGAUAGGGCAGUUCGUGUCUGCGGAGACAAAAGGAGGAGCCACUGGAUUUGGUCGAGCCUUCCAUGCUGGAAUUGGUCAAGAAUCACGGGAGAUCACGCUAAGAAAGGCAAGAGAUGGCAUCACGACGCUCUGUCAGCAGCUCCGUUUGAACCAGCAGUGCAUAGACAUUGCCUGCAACUUCUUCAAAAUGGCGUUGUCGCGGCAUUUGACCAUCGGCCGGCCAGCCAGCCACACUCAAGCGGCCUGUGUGUACAUGACCUGCAGGACUGAAGGCACAGCCCAUCUCUUGAUUGAUAUCAGCGACGCUCUACAAAUCUGCUGUUAUCAACUGGGCCGAGCAUAUUUCAGGCUGUCUAGAGCACUUUGCAUCAACAUUCCUCCUACAGAUCCAUGCCUGUACAUCCUCCGGUUCUCGUCGCAGCUCCAGCUAGAAGACAAGCAGCAUGAGGUCAGCAUGACAGCUCUUCGGCUGGUGCAGAGGAUGAAGCGGGACUCGAUACAUUCCGGGCGCAGACCUUCUGGAAUUUGUGGGGCUGGUAAGUUUCUAGAUGCUCGGUGUCACGAAUUCUCGCGGACGCCAAGCGAUGUGGUCCGAAUCGUCAAAGUGCACGAGUCGACUAUUCGCAAGCGGCUGAUGGAGUUCGGAGAGACGCCUUCCAGCGCCCUCACGUUGGAUGAGUUCAUGACCGUGGACCUGGAGGAGGAACAGGACCCUCCGGCUUUCAGAGCUGCUAGGAAGAGGGAUAAGGAGCGGUUGCAGAAGCUGAUGGAAGAAGAGGACGGAGAGAAAGAGCUGACAGAGCUACAGAAAGAGAUAGACGCACAGUUAGAAAAAGACAACUCUAGGAGACGAAAGUUGGCGCCUGGAGCGGGUGCCACUCUCACACCUAUAAGCUCUAUAGUACAACCUGAAGCUUCGGAAGACUCAGAAGACGCAGAAGCGUCUCGUUUCGCCGCGGAAGACACGUUAACCCUCAUCGGGGACAUCGCCAAAGACGCGAGACCAGAAGGGGAGAAAGCGCCCUCCAAGAUUGACCAGUUGAAGUUCGAGAAAGGACUCGGUCCAGAACUAGCAGUAAUAGGUCUCGGGCAGCCAGAAGAGAAGCAAGCAGAUCCGUUCCUAAAACCAGAACCUAAGCAGCCGUUCAGCAAGGAUCUGCAGUAUGAUGAGCUGGUGUUGAGCGCUGAUGACGAGGAGUACGUGAGCUCGCUCAUCAUGACGGAUGCUGAGGCAAGGCAUAAGACCAUGCUGUGGCAUAAAGUCAAUGCUGGGUACCUGAGGGAUCAGAAAAUAAAAGAAGAAAUGCGCGCCAAAGAGCGGGAAGAAGGCAAAAAGAAGAAAGUCCGCGGCUGCUACAAGAAGAAGUUAGCGUGCAACGCGGCCACCGCCGGCGAGGCUAUCGAGAAGAUGCUUGCUGAGAAGAAGAUCAGCUCCAAGAUCAAUUAUGAUAUAUUGAAGAGCUUGGACCAACCUGGGACACCCGCGCCUGCUUCUAAAACAGAGGAGGCUAAGAAAGACGUCAUAGCCCCGUCACCGGAGGCGCCGGUAGAAGUCCCGGCGUCGCCCGUGCCCCGCAAGCGCCGCAAGAAGCCCGCCGCCUCGCCCGCGCCCCCCACCCCCGCCACCCCCGCCCCCGCCGCCUCGCCCGCGCCCCGCGCCCCCGCCCCCGCCCCCGCCACGCCUAUUGUCAACACACCCGCCCCCGCUACACCCGCGACACACGAUGCGAGCGAAGAUUACGAUGAUGACGCGGAGCUGGAUGCCACUGACACUGGUGCGGAAUUAUCACUAGCUGCUAUGCUGCGCAAUGGGCAGGAUGAUGACUACUAUGACUACGAGGAGUAUUAGCGCUGGCCACUCUGCGCUAGGAUAUUGGCAGUUAGUCUUUGACCACUAUACACAGUAAGCUGACAUUGACAACUGCUAAAGUCCGGUCGCCGAGAAGAUAGAAUUUCGUCCAAUGACUCCAAGCUACCUUCCUACCUAUCCUUAUCGCUCGCGCGUAAUUAUAUUGCUGUCGCGACUGUGCGACCGCAAUGAGUGUUUGAGCGUGACAGCAAUAUAAUUACGCGUGAGCGAUAAGGAUGGGUAGCUUGGGGUCAUUGGACAAAAUUCUAUGUGCAUGGCAACCGAACUUUAUAAUAGAUAAUUUAAUUUACAGAUCUCAGUUACAAGGAUUUUGAAUUGCGAAUUUAACGUAA